AUGAGUACUCAAUACGGUCAUCGCUUGUUGGUGGCUACACUUGAGGAGAAAGCCCAUUCUCAUCCAGAGCAGGUUUUCUGUUUGCUCCCUCGGUCGUCCAAUCUGCAGGAUGGUUUCUAUGAAGUGAAUUACAAACAAGUACAAACCGCUGUUGACUACACGGCUCAGUGGCUCAAAACUAAAUUCGGCCAAUUCUCUCCUAAUGAAACGGUGUCUUAUAUGGGACUUCCGGACAUAAGAUACAAUAUCAUAUUCUACGCUGCUGUCAGAAUUCGCUUGAAGGUUUUCCUUCCAUCCCCCCGAAAUAGUUCGGUAACGAAUCUAUCGCUUCUUGAACAGACACAAUGUACAAAAUUAUGUUACUCGCCGGAGUCACCAGAUAUUGCAGCAAGUGCACAAGCACUUCAGAAAGCCUCCAAGACCUUGCAAGUUCUGGAAUUUCCUUCGCUUGAUGAGCUUCUGAAGGCCCAGUGCGCAUCUGUACCAUAUUCUGUCAACUUUGACCAAGUCCGGCAAGAACCCAUUGUCAUUCUGCAUUCUUCUGGGUCGACAGGAAUACCCAAGCCUGUUACAAUGACUAAUGGGAGUCUUGCAGUUAUUGACAAUGAUCGCAAUUUCCCGACUGUCCCAGGGCGGCAGAAUCAUGACUUGACAACGUGGGAUUUCCCUCCAGGCAGUUAUCUCUAUGUGCCCUUUCCACCGUUUCAUAUGGCAGGCUUCCUGAAUAAUAUCAUGGUUCCCAUUUUCACCAACACAAUACCAAUCUUCGGGCCUGCAACAAGAUUACCAAGCGGUGGACUGGUGGCACAGGUUCUACGCUGCUUGAACGUCAAAGGGUGCUUUCUACCCCCCAUGACCGUGGCAGAUCUAUACAAUGAGCCAGACGGCCCGGAAUUGCUCAAAAGCCUAGAUAUACUCUGUUAUGCGGGUGGUCCAUUGCCUGAGUCAAUUGGAAACGAGCUCAUCCAACAUGUUGCAUUGUGUCAGUUCUUUGGUUCUACCGAGACAGGCCAAAUACGACAGCUUUUUCCACUGAAAGAAGACUGGCAAUAUAUAGAAUUUCAUCCCUCGGAAAAUAUUGAAUUACAAAAAGCAGGGGAAAAUACGUUUGAGCUUGUCAUUCAUGCCAGCGAUGAGACAGAGAAUUUUUCACUCCUGAACCACAACUUUCCCGGGGUCCGCGAGUAUCGCACCAAGGAUUUGUUUCUUCCUCACCCAAAUAAGCCUGGACUCUGGAAAUUUUAUUCUCGAAGAGAUGAUAUAAUUGUUCUUGCUACAGGAGAGAAGCUCAACCCGGUUCCGCUAGAACUUGGAGUUCAAGCCAUUCCUGGUGUCGCCGGUGCCUUGGUUGCCGGCGAAUCCCAGGCACGAGUAGCCCUCCUCGUUGAGCUUCAACCAGACCAUAAUCUAGGUCCCAAUCCAGAAGAUACCCUUUGGCCUAGUAUCCGACAUUUAAACUCAGACAUUGCAGGCCCAGGCCGAGUAUCCAGGUCGAUGAUAUUUAUUGCCAAGGACGAUAAGCCCUUCAUCCGGGCGGGAAAGGGCACCGUCGUGCGCAAGUUGACAUUGGAAGCAUAUCAAGAAGAGUUGAAUAACUUAUUCAGAGGGUCUCCCAAACAGCCAGUCCAGCCAGUCCAAUCUUUCCUAUUGAAGCCAACUGCAUUCCGUCUUGAUGACGUGAAAGCUUUGAUUCGUUCGAUCAUCGAGAACGUUUUGGACGGAGUGGCAGUUGACGACUCAUCGAACUUGUACACUCAGGGGUUGGACUCAGUUAAGUCUCUCGAAACGGUCACUCAACUGAAAGCGGCUCUUGAAUCACUCAAUCUAGGAAAACCUUCGACUUGGAUAACACUCGAGAUGAUCUAUACCUACUCAUCGAUUAACGAACUAGCCACCGUACUACUCAGUUGGCUGAAUGAAGGCACCUAUCCCGAGAACAUUGACAGAGUUUCUAGAACACGAGACCUCCUCAGCCACUAUGAACAGUCUCUGCCGGUUGGCUCUAGUGCCUUGGAAUCAGGGGAAACGAACUUUCAGGAGCAAAUGAAUGUGGUGCUUAUAGGCUCAACGGGUUAUUUGGGCCAGUACAUGCUUCUGUUGCUUGCGCAAGACCCGAGAAUUGGGCGGAUCAUCUGCUUGAAUCGUAGCGCCACGGCGCAUAAGACAUGGGCAACUCAUCCUUCCACUGAACAAUUAUUCAAAAACAAGGAGUGGCAGGACAAAAUACAUUUCUUCCAGAUCGACUUCACUCAGCCUAGGUUUGGGCUGGCUGAUAAGGUCUAUAGUGACCUGAACAACGAAUGUGAUGUGAUCCUGCAUUCUGCAUGGCAGGUCAACUUCGUGCUUCCUGUUGGCUCCUUUAAGGACAGCUUUAGUGGCCUUAUGAAUACUAUUCAACUCGCAGCAAAUUCGAAACGAUGUCCACGUAUCUUUUUUAUCUCCUCAGUGUCGGCUUCUGGGAUCUUUUCUCCACAGUCGUCAGCUGAAGCAAAACUAGUGCCCGAAGGCAGAAUCACAGACCCAAAUGAAGCAAUGCAAACUGGAUACGGCGAGUCCAAACAUGUGGCUGAGAACCUCCUCUGCAUUGCCAGCGCCAAGUCUAAAGUCACUACAAGUAUAUUACGAGUAGGACAGAUUGCACCUCCAACAGCCACCACCGGUGAAAUCAUAUGGGCAGAGAAAGAUGCGCUGACAGGACUGUUGGAAACCUCCAAGUCCUUACAGAUGGUGCCAUCUGACUUGAUGGACAUUGAUUGGUUACCCGUGAAUAGUGUGGCCGAAAUUGUCAAUUCGCUACUGCAUCAAGAUCGCCAUUCGAAGGAGGCGAUCCUAUUCCACAAUUUGGUACAUCCAGCUCCCAUGCCGUGGUCAGAAGCUGUGCCCGUGAUCCAGAGCUGGUGUGGCCAGUCCGCUGGUGCUGCACCCUUGAAAGAUUGGAUUGCAGCUGUGAAAGCUCGAGAGAAGGAGGAGCAGGACAGCUUGCAAGUCUUACCGUCUCUUCCUUUGUUGAGCUUCUUUGAUUUGCUAUCUGAUCGGGGUCCGUCGCACAAGUACUCUCAGCAAAAUCUCCUUGGCGGCGGUCAUACUAAUCAUAUAAAGUCCAUCGAUGCUAAUCAAAUUCGGCUCUGGCUUGAUGCACUGUCAUGA